UUUCAAAAAAAGACGAAAAAGAUUUUUCCCGGAACCUGUCCGGGGCUGUAUGUAUAAAAAGAAGAUAGGGAGACCAAUAACGGAGGGUCAAUACAUCAUCCAAUUCCAUAUCAAUCGCAGCCUUUACUCUUCUAUGUCGAUUACUGGUAUUCAAGGCCAGCUUCUUGAGAUCACUGUUGUUGGGUGCAACAAGUUGAAGGAUACCGAGUGGAUCUCACGGCAGGACCCGUACGUGUGCCUCGAAUAUGGUAGCACCAAGUUCCGCACCAGGACUUGCACUGAUGGUAAUAAGAAUCCGACGUUCCAGGAGAAGUUCGUGUUUACGUUAAUCGAAGGUCUUAGGGAGAUAAAUGUCUCCGUUUGGAACAGCAAUACCCUUUCAUCCGACGUCUUCAUCGGCGGUGGAAAGGUUCAAUUGCUGAAGGUGCUUUCUCAGGGUUUCGACGACACCGCCUGGACGCUUCAGACUAAAACUGGCAGAUAUGCAGGAGAAGUGCGACUAAUAUUACAUUAUUCUAAUGCCCUAAAACCUGCAACGAGUUUUGCUCCGUCGGCACCGCCAUAUGUAACGAAGCCUAUGCCCCAAGUCCCUUUGUAUUAUAACUCCACACCUACAACUGCUGCUCCUUACGCACCUCCGGCCUACCCAGCUCCAUCUCCCUACUCUUCGUACCCACCUAAUUCAGCAGGGUAUCCACCAUCUCUGUACUCUGCUCCACCUCCAGCUGCCUAUCCUCCCCCACCUUACCCACCAACAUCAGCUUAUCCUCCACCUCCAUAUCCACCACCUCCACAAAGCUCAUCCUAUUAUCCACCACCGCCACAAAGCUCAUCCUAUUAUCCACCACCGCCACAAAGCUCAUCCUAUUAUCCUCCAGGUCCUUAUCCAGGUAUGUAUCCUCCACCACCAUACUGAAAGGGUAUGGAAAUGUAAGAAGUAGACACCUAAAGUUGAAUUUUUAGCUGUGGUUGUGGAUUCUUUUGAAGUUCACUACAAAGAGAAAGAAGUGUGAAUUGUUUCUGUAGUGAAUUAAAAUCUAGUCAGGGGAAUUAAAAUGCGAGUUUCAUUUGGUACUUGUGAAUUAGAAGGUUUGGUAACAGGUUUUAAUGAUUUUUCUUUUAAUGUAGAUAGAUAUUUUGUCCAAAGUGUUUGACUCUCUCUCACCUUUUUUCGGUGAGGCACAUGAUGUCUUAUGCCGAUGUUUAUGUUAAAGAGUAUAUGAAGACAAUUGUAGAUUGUAUUGUACUUAAGAAAUUUUUAUGGCAGAGACAGCUAGAAUGAAUGUAAUUGCCUCCUUGAACAAAUUUAUUGGCACUUCAUGGUAUUGGCCUAUUGGGUACUCUUGAAUAAAAGGUAAUAUGCGAGUUUCAUGAUUCUA